AUGUCCGGGAGUGAUGUUGAGCACGCUUCCCGGCUCUUGGACGUCAGCCCGCGCCUAACUUCCUCGAACACCCACGAUGUUCACGAUUCCUAUUACAGUCCUCUGUCAAACAAUCCUCACCACGUCUCCCUAGCCGCACCAUCCUUCUCUCCUGUUCCUUCUUUGUCGAGUAAAACGUAUCCCGCCCAACCAAGUCUCACAAGCCUCCAACCCUACUCCCUACCUGCAACCCUUCCCUCCGACGAUCACAAGAACAAUUCUGGUCGAUCUUCACCCGAUCCCGACGACUUUUAUAGAUCGCAUUUGGCCACGGCCGAUGGUAUCGUGAAUAAGGAGGAUGCCGUGGUGGAAAACGAAAGUGACGUAAUCGCUGAGCAACGUUCUCAUCUAUCCCAGCGUGUCAGCUCGGUACCGAUACACUCGAUAGAGUCUCCGCGUGGGAAUUCGAGUCAAGGUCGUUCAGUUUCCGACUCAUCUUAUAAGGGUGUUGGCGGUAACUCUGCUUGGGGCCCUUCUGCGCGCGCCUCGACCACAAGGGCCAGACAGACGUCAUUCAAAGACCUGAUCAACAAGUUCAACAACAAUAGUGAUCAGGUUCUUCCCGUUCCUUCGUCGCUCACAGCUGGAUCUCGGGCGCCCUCAAGGCCCGCGAGCCCAACCAGUCCCGUAGCAGGGCUAUUUCGGUCAGGAGCUAUUCCUCGUUCGCGUGAAGCUCACGACACGGCCAACACGCAGGAGCUUCCACGCUGGCAUUCUCUGGACACCUUUGGCGACGAUACGUUGGAUACGGUUUCUCUUCCGCUCAGACCCAACGACCUAGGUUCAGAUAUCCUAAACAACCGCAAUUCAGAAAGCGAUUUCCGACGACCAGUCUUCGGCGAGAAGCUCAGCGUCGAUACAGGAUUUUUGAGCACUGAGUACACUGCUCCGCAUCGUCGCGGAUCUGAAGGGAAUAUACUUAGCUUGAGCCCAGCGUUCUUAGACCGCCUGGACGAUUCGUCCGGCCCAACACCGCUAACACCUACUGCUUGGUACCUUGGACGUACGCCUUUCUUGGAAGAAGUCAGUACGAUCACGGGUUCAAACAACCACAGGAGAACAAGAAGCGAUUUUGCCGGAAAUUGGUCGGUGAGCGCGGUGGCGCACCCAUCUGAUUCCCACAUGGCUGUUCCAGCCCCCUUGCAGUCUGGCUCCCAAACAUUCCAGGAGCACUCACAUACAAAAUCCCGCAUACCGAUCUCAUCUCACCGCCUUCAUUCAACAUCGGAUUCAGACGAAUCUUUAUCCCCUUCGAGGGCCGGUUUUACGGGGUCCGGAAGUCGUUCGACAGUUCGAGUUCCCCUGCCACCAAAAGGCACUAGCCGCCUUCCCAAACCGUCGCCGAAAACACAGCGAGACACGUCACAUGAUGAUCGUCAUACUUUUAUAACACCACCGCGCACCCAUGCCCGGUCCCGUCGUCAGAUACCCGAGAACAGUGGUCUUUUAGAAGCUUACAUAGCCGCACCUCCACCAGCAAAGUCGCCCCCCCUCCGGAGUUCCCGACCUCGCCAACCAGUAUCACAUACGAGCCUCCAAACUCCCCGGUCAAAAGUCGUUGAAACCGUGUCGAACUUCCAAAGACAGAUAAAUCGAGACCGAGAAUCCAGGGACUCGAGACCUCGGGAUCGCCGGCUACCAGAGCUGGGUAAUGUGGACUUCGCGACUCGACGCGAAAGAAUUCAACAGGCUUUCAAUCGCACAGUUCAAGAGAAUGAGAAAAAAGAGGAAAAGGCGGCCGAAAUUCGACGUCGAACCAAAGCAUUGGAAGAUUUGGAAGGAACGGACGCCUUUGAAUCCGAAACAUUGGAGACUGAGCAGCACGACCCAGAUGAGUCUGCUGUCGUAGACGCAUUGCCAGGUGGAAGUGAUGAGCGAUCGCAAUUGGAACAGGACUCUGAAGAGACUCGGACGAUACCCCAAUUAUACGUUGAUACAGACGUGGUACUGCCGGGGAAGCAAUCCGGUACCUUCGAUUUGCACACAACCAUGGACUCUCCCACCCUAGGGCAUCAGCCUGUCGAGCUAGGGAUUGACUGCGACACACAUGAUCCUCCCGUGUCUGCUUCAACCUCGGAUUCCAAUGAGACACAUGUCACCGCUUUCGACAUCGAGUCGCAAGUCGAAUUGAUGCAAGAUAAACAUGCCUCGCAUCGAGCAUUGUUAGAUCAGAUCAUGCACAUACGCGAGUCAAGCUCCAGCAGCUCAUCGUGCGAUGAACAAGAUUGCAGCCUCUCUGACACUGAUGAUAAAGAGUCGGUGCACAUCAUGCUACGGGGUGCGUUGGGCUUUGAUGAUCAUACCGACAAUAGCGAAAAUCAGGAGCAGUGUGAGAUCUACACGCAACAUGAAACGACUGACAAUGAGAUGUCCAACCGAUGGAGUAUCAGCUCUUGGUCGUCUUCUCUCCACAUCCAGCACUCCACGGAUGAGCAGUGCGAUGGUGGUGUUGAUGAUAUACUACAACCUCGCCGUUCCGCUGAUGAUGGUGAACUCGCAACUCAAUCAUGUUCUGCGUCUUCCAGUACGCCUUCUGUGACUGGUCAACCGCUCUCGAACCCAUUGGUACAACAAGAAACAAAGAUAGAAGCUGCGUCUCAAGCCAAUCUUUAUGCAUUCACGAGUGCACCCAGCUUGGCCAGGCUUGGGGGGUGGGAUUCCAAGCGAGUCAGCCAGCUCUAUAUUCAAGAGAUCGCUAACGGCCGAGGACUCGGACUUCCUUUGCCAGCUAUACGCGCUUCUCCGGAGCCUCAACAGCAAGACGUUCCUACGAGGCAAGAUAAUGGGUUUGAGGAUCCGACUAUGGUCCCUCGUAGCGCGGAUAUGCCCGUAUCGGAAAGCACGAGGCAUGCAGCCAGCCUAAUUAUGCGCGAUGACUGGGAGCACGCAUCGCCUUCUAUUAUGGAUUGGAUGCAGGUUGCUGCCGCCGAAGGGUCAACUCCACAAGGCGAACGAAGCGAUUCGGCGUCUAGACUCGACAGUGCGUCCACGCCACGGCUAGAGACAUCAAGCGCCCGGGUCUUACCCCAGGAAGGAAUGGAAGAACGGCUAGGAUUGGCAAUCAAUGUCCGGAUUCCGCACGGCUCAAAUCCCCACGAGCAUGAGUCUACCACUGCUCAUGAAGGGGCAACCGACAUCGUGCAGCCACCCAGUCAGUAUGAUUUGACCGCCACUUUCGCAAACCAACGCUUCAGCACCUAUAUCAAUGGGAUAUUCUCUCCUCUGGAUCCUAUAAACAGCACAGGAAGUAGUGAUAACUCUUCUUUCCAGCGGCUUGAACCCACGCUCUCCCCCGAGACACUGCAUUCAUCUGCGACUUCGCUAGCACCUUCAAGCUCUGAGCACCUCCAUUCAAAACCUCAGUCACCAUCACCGGAGCAACGGCGUUUGAAAAAGCGGCGGAACGUGAUCAAGGAGCUAGUUGAUACAGAAUACACUUUCGGCCGGGACAUGAAAGUCGUUGAUGAUAUAUACAAGGGAACCUCGAGUUCAUGUUUGGAUCUAUCAUCUGAAGACGUCAAAGUUCUCUUUGCCAACUCAGAUCAAGUCGUUCAGUUCUCACUGGCAUUCCAAGAUGCCUUGAAAGAAGCCGCUAAAAGCGUUUAUGUGAUGCCUAAGUCGCAAAGGUGGAGCAGCAAACGCAGUGCACGACACCGUCAGACUUCAAGAAGUGAAGAAAAAUCGGAAAAUACGGGUCUCUCAGACCAGGAGAAGGAUCGAAUGACAUUCAUCGGGCAAGCUUUUGUGGCGCACAUGGGCUAUAUGGAAAAGGUCUAUGCGGAUUAUCUCAAAAACCACGACGCUGCUAACAAGAAACUUCAAACUCUGCAGCGAAAUCCCAAGGUGGCGAUCUGGCUCAAGGAAUGUCGCGAUUGGGCUUCUGAUCUCACAUCUGCCUGGGAUCUGGAUUCUCUGCUUGUGAAGCCCGUUCAGAGGAUUCUGAAGUAUCCCCUGUUGCUGUCUGAACUUCUCGACUCGACACCCAAUGAUCAUCCCGACCGGGCUGCUCUCGUCACCGCUUUCGAGGAGGUGACUAACAUCUCCGUCAGAAUAAAUGAGAUGAAAAAGCGUGCAGACCUUGUAGGUCAGGUGGUCGGACGCAAACGCAAAGAAUCCGAUGUUCGGACCGGCUUGUCGAAGGCUUUUGGCCGCCGUACUGAGAAAUUAAAGCAACAAGUGGGACUUAUUGAUUUGUUUGAGGACAAAGAAUAUGAUAGUCUGUCGCAGAAGUUUGGAGAUAACUUUUUCCAGCUGCAGCUUGUCAUGCGCGAUGCAGAAUCAUACACUAAAGAAGUCCAGAGUUCGUUGGAUUGUUUCAGCGAGUUUGUCGCUGCGAUCGAAGGAUUCGUCGAUGUAUCACAAUCCAAUUAUGCCGAGCUGGAAGGGAAAUGGCGGGAGCUUAGAGUCUCUGUUCAAGCCAUCACAACGGUGGCGUUGCCCGACCAUCUUUUAGUGGUUCGAAAGAGCGUUAUCGACCCGAUGGUGGCUCUACUCAAGCUUCACGACGGUCCACAAAGAGUGAUGAAAAAGCGCGACAAGAGACUAAUGGAUUAUGUUCGUUUCAAGAGCAUUAAAGAUCGAGGAGACAAGCCAGACAAGAAGACGACUGAACAAGGGGAACAAUUCAUUGCCCUCAACGAGACCCUCAAGGAUGAGCUUCCGAAGCUAUAUGCCCUCACUGCAAAAUUGAUGGAGGCGUGCUUGAAAAACUUCGUGCAGAUUCAAACUACCUGGUUCCAUCAAUUGCAGAGGAGCCUUGGGCCUUUACUCGAAACAUUCCCUGAGGAUAUUCAAAAAAUUGUUGAGAACUGGUCCUCCAAAUUUAACUAUGCUGAAGGACAGGUACUUUCUCUUGGAAUCUGCAAUGGAUCCUUGCUUGCUGAUACCGUGAACCUUGUCAACUUUAACACGCCCUCGACCGGAGCGACAAUCAGCUCGCCUCGACGACCUUCGACAGUGAAUAGCGUCAGCACGCGAAUGGGUUCGACGGUUGAAGAAUCCCCCAAAGUAUCGCAAGAUUUCAGCAUUGGGGGCUAUCCUUUCCAUUCUCCCAGUAUUGACAGCCAAUCUCAGGUAUCUCUGGGGCGCCUCAGGGCAGACUCGGCAAUUUCCGGCCGUGCCCAUGAGUCUGCUGAAAAUUCCAGGAGCCAGAUGCUUCAACAAGUUACCAGCACGUCAACAGGGUCGCUUGCAACGUCCAACUCUAACACUGAGUCAUUCCCAAGCUUGCCUAGACUGAGCCUCGACUCCCCGUUCUUGGUCGAUGUCAUUGGCCCCUCUCAAGCGGAGACCAGGGCUGAUGCUGAGCAACAUGCGCCAUCCAGUGGCCAGUACUCGAGCUUCUUUUCCUCUGCGAUGCCAAUGUCGGACAAUCCUCAAGAGAGCACUCCAGUACAGAAUGAGCCUCCGAAAGAACCAGCCGUCCUUUUUCUCGCAGCUAGCAUCUACGAGUUCAAUAUCGAUCGUGCUCGAAGAGAAGCUGGUUACCCAUAUCUGACAUACGUUGUUGGCGAGAUUUUCGAUGUCAUUGCGGAGAAGGGCGAGCUGUGGCUGGCCAAGAACCAAGACGAUCCCGAUCGCCAGGUUGGCUGGAUCUGGAACAAACACUUUGCGAAGCUCACGAACUAG